CGUAAAUAAGAAGGUAAGAAGACUAAAUAAGAAGACUGCGCAUGCUCAAGAGAGGGCGGUUAAAUUCAAAACCAACAACAGCUUUGACGCUUAAUAGCUGGCAUCUUAAAAUUGUACUUGAACAACUAGUAGCUACACGAUGGAGCCGCCUGAUGCUGCAUCAAGGACAGAUGAUCAUGUUGGAUCCUCCAAACGGCGUAUUUCUUCGAUCCUGAAAGUUCCACGGACAUCUAUCAAAUUCACAGGCCCAGAGCUAGAGGAGAGUCGGGUGGAGGUGGUCAAGCCAGUAGAGAGGAGGAUCUCCAGAAGAGUCAGUUUUGCCACUUCCAAUGAUGUUCUACUGUUUUCAAAAGAUGUGAAGAAUGGCUCCCCUGUCCGGAGUCCUCUAAAAAACCUCACAACUACGGCAGAAAACAUAAGCAUUCAUACGGGUUCCAUUGAUGGUUCUCAACCAAUCACAGGCAUGGAAACCUUGUUGAAUGCUCCCCUCCAUGUUUCACAACAAAGAAAAAAGGAAAAUGUAAUGUUCAACCAGGAUGAUUAUGGGGAGAAAACAAUGAUGUUCACAGGAGAGGACACAGCAUUUAUGGAUAUGACUCACAGUCACACAAUACUCAUCGCCAAUGAUUCAGAAUCAUCAGUUGUUCUGCCAAAUGAAAUCAAUGUGACUACACCUACCUGUGGAAACAUGGAUUUUACUUUUUCAAUGGAGAAAGGUAAAACUGGGUGUUUUCAGGACUCAACAGAGAAUUAUGCCCCCUUUAAAAACCCUUCCUCCUUAGCCAGAGGUAUAGAUCCAGAGUUUGAACAUUUCCUUGCCAGUAUAACGAAGUCAAGUGGCCCCAUGUGUAAUCCAAUAGCUCCCAAAUCCUCAACUACUGUGGCAUUCCACAGAGCUGCAUCCCCUCCAGAAAAAACGAACAACAGACGUUUCCUUGCUGCGCUCAAUGCCCGCAGGUCAGGAGUUGAUAAAGAGAAUCAGCUCCCAGCUUUGUCAGCAACAGGGGGAGACUGUACAGUGGGCUCAAUUAUCCCUCAAAGGCAAGGGCCUCAGUUCAUGAAUACAUCUACGAUGCAAACUGAACAAGAUCAUAUGGAUCUGACAAAAAGCCAUACCACUUUGAUAGAUGGCAAAGGAGUUUUUCAGUGUGUGCAAACUGUAAGCUCUGAAGAGCAACGGCUUAGGGGAAGCACUUUCAGCCAGGUAACUGUCUCUACUGAUCCAGAUGAAAUGGAGUUGACCAGGAGCCAAACUGUUGCCAUUGACUCCAAAGCCAUUUGGAUGUUUGGGCCAAAUCCCUCUCAGAAAAUUGAAAGGAAAAGUGUGGUCUUCACAUCAGAUCCCAAUAAAUCCCAGAUCUUCUCAGGUGAUGACCAUGGCAUGGAAAUAACUUCAGCUCUCAAUGUACCUCUCCAGGAGAAUGUGUGUGCUCCGACCAAGAAAGGUGAAUCAUCACCCUGGAUGUUUCCCCCAGAAAACAGAAUCUCCUCCGUUCAGCAAACUCAACAGACCUCUUAUCCAUACUCAGAUGACAUGGAGAUGACAAGAUGUCAAACAGUUGCCAUUGAUUCCAAAAGUGUAGCCCUAACGGAAAUUCCCUUACUAGGGAAUACAAGGAAAAGUUUGUCUUUUAUGCCAGCCUCUCACAGAGGUGUGUUUUUUUCAGAAGAUGGCAAUGGUAUGGAUCUGACUGAGGCCCUCACUGGAAAUAUUGUGUCAAACAGCCAUAUAGCAAUUAAUAAGCCACUACAGAGCUUGUUCACCACAACAGAGAUGUCCUUUCACUCUGAUCUGAGUACUAACGUGGAGAUGACUUCAGGACAGAGAAGUAAUAAAGUAUUGGAGCCUGCAUCCUCUGAUCCUGAUGACAUGGAAAUCACAAAAAGCCUAACUGCUGUAAUUGAUUCCAAAUAUUGUGUGAUGGAAAAGCCUUCUCUUAGUAAACCGAAGACCAAGUUUGACCUGGGUCUAUCCUAUGUGCCACCAUCUAUGGAAUAUGGCAAUUUCUCAGACGAUGCUAACAGUGUGAAGAGGGCGCUGGAUCAGGUUAAAGGUUUUUCUGUAGCCAUAUCGGAUCCUGAUGACAUGGAAAUAACUAGAAGUCAAACUGUUGCCAUCGACACCAAAAGCCUCAAUGUAGUCAAUCGCAUGCAAAACACAAGGAAAAGUAUAUCCUUCAUGUCAGCUUCCAACAGACCCAAUCAUAUGUCAGAGGAUGACUGUGGUAUGGACAUGACCAAAUCUCUCACUGUGUCUAUAGAUCACAGAAAUGGUCUGAACGUGACAGAUGAGACCACUGGAAGAUUGUUCCCCAUAUCAAAACACCAAAAGGAAACAUUUGAGAAGAGCCUGAUUAGAGCAGAGCUUAGUACAGAUGACAUGGAAAUCACAAGGAGCCAAACUGGGGUUAUUGACACCAGAGGUUUUGGUGGUGUAACUCCUUCACUCCAAGGUGGUAGAGGAAGAUUUGUCAGCUUUUUGGAUUCAAAUAAAACUCUUAUUGGGGAGGACAACAAUUGUAUGGAGAUGACUCAAGCUCUCACUGCACAGAUAUUAACAAAUGUGUCACAUUCUGCCCAUGGGGGUGAGACCUUAGCUAGGAUGUCCACAAUCUCAAAGACAAAUUUCACUGGAGCAAAGGGCAAUCAUUUCGUGGAAGUGGGUCACAAACCUGAUCAACGUUGGGCAUCAGAUUCAGAUGACAUGGAUAUGACGAGAAGUCAGACCGCUGUAAUUGAGUCUGAAAACAUCAAGAUGGGGAAUCGUGACCCUUUCAUGGGAAGGCAACGUUUAUCCAGUGUGCGUAAGACCCUGCAGAUGGUUCCUCCGGCAGAGCAGAGUGCACAUGGUGAGAUUACGUUUCAGUUAGGUGUUGAAAGCCUCUGCAGUAAAAAGGCACCUACAUCUUCUGACUCUGAUGAAAUGGAACUGACAAGGAGCCAGACUGUUGCAAUUGAAUCCAAAGUUAUUAACAUGUUUUCCCCUGAAACAAAUCCACCAUUAGGGAAUGUGUCAAUUAGUCAGGCAAAUGAUAUGGAAGUGAAACGAGUAGCAGAAGCAACACGUUGCAGGAAUAAUCCUGUAGCUGUACCCUCUAACCUGGAGGAGAAGAAAAUGGCCAGAGAUGAAACUGAAAUGUUUUCUGAGGAUCAUGAAAUGGAGAUGACCAAGGCUGUCACAACGCAAAUUGAACAACAUGCACCUACCAAUGUGAAGGGCCCUUCAUCCACCACAAACGCAAUUUCCUUGUGUCUACCGGAGGGUCACCCUAGAGAAAUCCCCACUAACCUUACAGAACACUUUGACCUAAAGGGAUUGGCAGACCGAAAUGAUCCUGAUCUGAAAGAUGAAGACUGCUCCUUUAUUUCUAACAAUCCAGAAAGCUCUCCUAUUGCCUCUUCAGUCUCAACAGAAGAUAAUAUACCUUUGAAGAAGGCAAAGACCAGGCGAAUGAGUUUGGCAGAUCUGCAGUUGAAACUUAAUCAUAUGAGCCGCAUGAUAAAUGAAUCCACUGAAGUGAUGGGUAGCUGCACUGCACCUUUAUCUCACCUGAUGAGGACCUCUGACCAACACAAUGUAGAGCCAGAAUCCUUCUCAACUGUAGACUAUGGGUCUAAAACCAUGGGAUUAAUGACUGAGAGACCAACAAGUGUCAACUUGGAAGACCAUAUUAUUCACAAUGACAAACCUAAUAUGACUGCUCCUUUAAACUUGAAAAGUAAAUGCCUUGCAUCACGACUGUCAUUUGGUGGUUUCCUGCCCAAACUCCCACAAAUAGCCAAACCCUCUGAAUCAAACCAGUCCAAUAACGUGACGGAUUUUGGGAAACGUCUGAAGAAGAAUAGCUUGGGUGGCACUCAUGAACUGAGGAGCAACACCUCGAUGGAGAACAUUGAUGAUGAAGUGCUUCCAGACAUUAGCAGUGAAGAGGACUUAUCAGAAACUAUGGACACCAAGUCACCUCAGAGGGUCGACGACAAAGGAAAUCUUUUCUUAGGCAAGGUGGUCAAGGAUGUUGUGGAGCAUGAGGUCUUUAAAGAGCCGGUCCUAACUGUUACCCAAUGUCAGAAGAGGCCCCUACCAGAAGAGGGCCAUGAUGACUCCAUGGAUGAGGUAAAGAGGAAUAAGCCAUCAACAGAAAACAUCAGAGAAAUGAUCCCCCACACACAGGUAGUUCAGUGGGACAGUAACUGUACAGGAGCUGCAGCUGAUGGCUCCAGCAGCAACUCCAACCUCCGAUGUGAGGGCACAUUUGAGUCGUCAACUUACAGACAAAGCCAAUUCGAGUCCCUGCUUGACAACACCGGGGACUACACAUCUGAUGUACGGAAGAAACUCCAAGAUGGCAGCAUUACAGUGGCUGAGUUCCUGAAACUCUUCAGCAUCGACUUUGUCAUCCAUAAACCUCGACAAAGUAUUCUGCCUGCGAGAAUUGUGUCGGAUCUCGAUCGCAAAACAGAGGACUUGUUAAUCGAGAAACAUAUCAACCGUCCCAAACAGAGGGUGUAUGAGACAGACUGCCAGAUACUCACAGAAAUGGUGGAGGGGUUGAAAGCACGUCUGAAAGACCAAGACAGUCUUCUGCAAAGUGUUAAUGGAACACUUUGGGAGGCGGUGAAGGGCUUUUCAGAUGAAGAGUUGCUGCUUGUUGGUUCAAAGUUGAAAGAGAGGAGGACAUUUUUCAGAAAGAGAAGCAAAGUGCGAUCUCAUGAAAUGAAAGCAGUUUUGUACUCUGACCUUGUGCGCACAACUCGGGAGGCACAACAUAACUUGAGAGGAAAUAUUGAGAAGACCGAUCAGUGUCUGAAAGACCUUGAUGAAUGUCUACAUGACUUGGAAGAUGAACUUGCAGCUGUGGAGGGCACAGGGGUAGAGGACUGUGAGCCAACCUUGAAAGCAAGGCAGCAAGGGUUGGAGAAGGUCAACAAAGCAAUUGCUAAAAGUGAAAGGCAAAUGUGUGAAUUGAAACUACAGAAGAUAAACUCUGUGGACAAAGUGGACAGACUCCGAAAGGAAACUCUGGAACUUGAGAAACAUAUUGCCAUGCUGGAUAGAGUGAAUGAAUGGAAGUUUGUGCAGAAAGAUGACAUGAAGACAGUCUACAGCUUUCUCUACGAGUCCUUGCUGUUGGAGGUGCAGUUUGAGAAACCUAACGGAGAGGUCUGUGAACAGACUGAGCGUAACAUCAUGGACAUCACAUUUCAACGCCAAAUGGAUGAUGAAAAGUCACAGUGCUACUCUCGGCUUGUACACAAUCUGCUAUGCCAGUACAUAGGCAGUGAAACCACUUGGUUCAAGAAGUACCCCACCAGUCGAUACAUUCCCAUGCUGCUGCAUGAUGUGGGUCUGGUGGUAAGCCGCUGUCGCCUCCUGGGAGAAGAGAUCCACCUGAUGAAGAAGUGGGGUGCUCUGAGGCUGGACAUCCUGGACAUCAGCUGUGUGGACACACAAGUUCGAAUCCUAUUCUCCAGUCUCAAGUCGUUUAGCAAGUUUGAGAUGACAGUAGCCGUCACCUCCGCCUACCCCUUCGGUCUCUUUCAUGUGCAAAACUUCCAAAAUCACAUUGGAAAUGCAACAAAAGACCAGGUGGAAGACAUUGUGUCAUCAGUCACACCAGCCAAGAACUACUUGACCAAGAUUGUCAAGAGGAUCCAUGAAAGUCUGCUGUGCUGAGACCAGUUCCAGUCAAUGGGUGUUCUAUGUAGUGCAGGGCUGCCCAACCCUCUUCCUGGGGAUCUACUGUCCUGUAGGUUUUCAGUCCAACCCUAAUUUAACACACCUGAUUCUACUAAGUAGCUGCUCAACAAGACCUUGACUAGCUGAAUCAGAUGUGCUAAAUUAGGGUUGGACUGAACCUACAGGACAGUAGAUCUCCAGGAUGAGGGUUGGGCAGCCCUGAUGUAGUGAUUGAAAAUGUGUAUAUGUUUCAAUUCAAUUUAUAAAUGUUCAAUGCCACUUUUUUUUUUUAAUUUACAUGUUUUCUACCAUAAGUUUUGAUAAUUUGUAUAAUUUUUGUUCAUAAGGGAUCAAUAGUCAUAGUUGGCCAUUUCAAACAUCUUUGAUGUAUUUCCUCUAGCAAAACUAUGGCAAGAAUUACAAUAACUGAAAAAAAGCUUGAGGAGUACAAUAACGUUUAGUCUUUGUUAAUUGUCUGAAUCAUUAUUAAAAUGUAACUGCAACUUUUACCCAUGUUUUCUCUGUAUGAUAACAAUCACUGGUUUAACAUAAAAUUGUUAAUCUGG